CAAACACCUAUUGUGCUUCAUAUAUCUUUAAACACUUUUCUUCGAAUGAACAUUAAGUAUGCUUGUAUCCAAUAAAGAAAUACAAAUGGUGGGCUUCAUUUCCUUAUCAAAUCAGUUUUUGAAUAUCUUAAAGGGAAAAUGGAAACUAAUAAUCCAACCUUUUAGCGGUCUUCUUUUAAUAAUCCCACCUUUUGAUUAUUCAUGAAUAAUCCAACCUUUGCACCCCAUCUUCAUUCAUUGGUCCCUGGUCGGUUAAUGACCUACUAUUCCAAGUUAUUUUCUUAUCUUUCCAAAAUAUUAUCUUUGUGAAAGAUGAGAUUUAUAGUAUAAUGAUUUGCAAAGAUAAGAAAAUAGCUUGGAAUAGCAGGUCAUCAACCGGUCAGGGACCAGUGAAUGAAGAUGAGGUGCAAAGGUUGGAUUAUUCAUGAAUAAUCAAAAGGUGGGAUUAUUGAAAGAAGACCGCUAAAAUGUUGGAUUAUUAGAUUCUAUUUUCCCUAUCUUAAAUUUACUGUUGAGUUUAUUCCAACACGAUAUAGUAAAUAUAUGUAUGAACACUCAGUUUUUACGUGGAAACCCGAAAGGGAGAAAACCACGGGACUUUUUAGGCUAAUGUCCAAGCCCUCUCAUUCUCAUUAAUCUCUCCUCCCAUUACAUAGUACAAUUUGAGCUCUAUUUAUGGAGUAUUGAGCUAGCUAGAGAGAAAUAAGGAAGAAGAAGCUAAAGCAGGGAUCCUUUUACAUGGAGGGAAACCUCCUAUUUAUAGGGAAUAGGGGGAAAGGAGGCUCUCCACCCUAACGGGCCGAAUGGGCCAAAAUGGGCCCAAAGGCCGAAACAGGCCUGAUAGGCUAAAAUGGGCCUUACUGAUUGGGCUCCGUACUACGUAAAGUCUUGGGCUCCUGAACAGUAAUAGGCCGGGAUAAUAUAUCCCAACACAAGUCCCCCAGUUUCUUGAGUAGUGAGCGUGCGAAUCUGCUCGAGAAAAUAUACUCUUGCUUGCGCUUUACCUCGGUCUAGCUGGAACCUGUGUCCUUGAAUAAUCAUAAUAUAUGAGUGGAUGUUCACACUCCUGAACGUAAUCUGCCGGUGAGGCACCCCCGUUCCCGACGGGGUCGGGCGAAAGGUGCUCCUCCACGGGCACGCUCCCCCUGAAUGCAUCAGGCGAGAGUAAAGGACUCUGACUCAAGCUUUCCAACGGAGAAGCUUAGAGGUCCAUGCAUCUAUAAACCGACGUCGCGGUACUGUCAAAACAUGAUGCACGUGUGUAUGUAUGAAUGUAUGAGGUAUGAUGCAUGAAUGCAUGUAAUGUAUGGGUGCAAUGUAUGAGAGAAGGAAUGUGAGAUGUGAUAGAAAGUGGUGGCUCUCAUCGAUAAACCGGGCAUGUCAGCGCCGAGAGGCAGACGUGCUGCAUAAGAGACGUUCGUCGCCAUCCUGAAAGGGAUGGGCGACCCUAACGUGAGCCAGACACGAUGGCGCUGGGGCGCUGAUCGUGCUGCAUAAGAGACGUUCGUCGCCAUCCUGAAAGGGAUGGGCGACCCUAACGUGAGCCAGACACGAUGGCGCUGAAGCGCUGAUCGUGCUGCAUAAGAGACGUUCGUCGCCAUCCUGAAAGGGAUGGGCGACCCUAACGUGAGCCAGACACAAUGGCGCUGGGGCGCUGAUCGUGCUGCAUAAGAGACGUUCGUCGCCACCCUGGAAGGGAUGGGCGACCCUAACGUGAGCCAGACACGAUGGCGCUGGGGCGCUGAUCGUGCUGCAUAAGAGACGUUCGUCGCCAUCCUGAAAGGAAUGGGGCGAUCCGAACGUGAAAGAGACACGAUGGCGCUGAGAAGCCGAUCGUGCUGCAUAAGAUGGUCAUCGCCAUCCUGGAGGGAAUGGGGCGAUCUGAACGUGAAAGAGACACGAUGGCGCUGAGAAGCCGAUCGUGCUGCAUAAGACGGUCAUCGCCAUCCUGGAGGGAAUGGGCGAGCCGAACCGUGAAGCCAGGUACGAUGGCGCUGAGGGGCCGAUCGCACUGCAUAAGACGUUCGUCGCCAUCCUGGAGGGGAUGGACGAGCUGAACGUGAGCUGGGUACGAUGACGCUGAGGGGCCGAUCGCACUGCAUAAGACGUUCGUCGCCAUCCUGGAGGGGAUGGAUGAGCUGAACAUGAGCUGGGUACGAUGGCGCUGAGGGGCCGAUCGCACUGCAUAAGACGUUUGUCGCCAUCCUGGAGGGGAUGGACGAGCUGAACGUGAGCUGGGUACGAUGGCGCUGAGGGGCCGAUCGCACUGCAUAAGACGUUCGUCGCCAUCCUGGAGGGGAUGGAUGAGCUGAACGUGAGCUGGGUACGAUGGCGCUGAGGGGCCGAUCGUACUGCAUAAGACGUUCGUCGCCAUCCUGGAGGGGAUGGACGAGCUGAACGUGAGCUGGGUACGAUGGCGCUGAGGGGCCGAUCGUACUGCAUAAGACGGUCGUCGCCAUCCUGGAGGGAAUGGGCGAGCCGAACCGUGAGUCUGGACACGAUGGCGCUGAGGGGCCGAUCGUGAUGCAUAAAACGUUCGUCGCCACCCUGGAAGGGAUGGACGAGCUGAACGUGAGCCGGGUACGAUGGCGCCGAGGGGCCGAUCGUACUGCAUAAGACGGUCGUCGCCAUCCUGGAGGGAAUGGGCGAGCCGAACCGUGAGUCUGGACACGAUGGCGCUGAGGGGCCGAUCGUGAUGCAUAAAACGUUCGUCGCCACCCUGGAAGGGAUGGACGAGCUGAACGUGAGCUGGGUACGAUGGCGCUGAGGGGCCGAUCGUACUGCAUAAGACGGUCAUCGCCAUCCUGGAGGGAAUGGGCGAGCCGAACCGUGAAUCUGGACACGAUGGCGCUGAGGGGCCGAUCGUGAUGCAUAAAAAUAGUGAUAAAUCGUGAGUGAUAAUCGUCUCGCGGCCCUCGGCCGUGCUGGUGAUGUGUCAAGUCUCUAUCCUGAUUGGCUGUGAGAAGCCGAUCGUCUGCCAGGACUCCAUCCAGGAAGGAAUGGUGAGCCUGAAAUAAAUCUGGGCGAUGUCCCUCCGUCUGAUCUGGGGAGCUGGUAUUCGUCGUCCAAGGCAAAAGAAAGCCUGAUGUUAGACAAUCGUCGUCGGCCACUUCAUUCUUCGUACUUAAGUUUUGUAAUUAUUCCUUACAUAUGUUUUUCAGUUUGUACUUCCCGGCCAAUAGCGCCGAGGGAUAAAAUCAUUCUUUGCUCCGUGCUCUUCUGGCAUCUUUUUUUUUUUUUUUGGAGUCUUUUAGUCUUCGUUCGUCCUUGGUUCUUGGUCCUACCAGCGUCCUUACUUCGAAGAGACGUCCGGUAUCCUCGAAACUCGCAAGGAGGAAUAGGUUUAUCUACAUCGAGAUUCCCCCUUUUUUUUGUUCGUCCGUGGUCCUUUUAGUCUUACCGGCGUCUCUUGCUUCGAAGAAGACGUUCGGUACCCAAGGAACUCGCAGGGACGAACUGGUUUACCCUCACGGGUUCCCGACUUUGUUAUCCCACGUCCAUCGAUCCAUGGUCAUUGUGGGAUAAACAGGUUUAUCUUGGCAAAGCUCCCUUAGUUCGUCUAGCCCCCUCCGCGUCUCUACUAACCUCUACAUCGAGAGGCGUUCGUCUUCGGCGGUGGGAGAAGAUCUGGCACGCCCGGGCAAGAUUCCCUUCCACAUAGGAGCUACCCCCCUCUUCUCCCCAUCUUUUUUUUUUGUUUUGUUUUUUUUUUGUUUGAGGGAGGCAAUCUAUAUUCUUCGUUCGUCCGUGGUUCUUGGUCCUAUCGGCGCUCUUGCUUCGAAGAGACGUUCGGUAUCCGCGAAACUCGCAAGGAGGAACGGGUUUAUCUACAUCGAGAUUCCCUAGCUCUUCUUAGUCCGUCCCUGGUCUGUGGUCCUACCGAUCUUCCUACAUCGAAGAAGACAUUCGGUAUCCAAGAAACAAGCAUAGUGCAAAAAGCGUAUAUAGCGUGGUGCUGUUAUGGCGAACAAAUAUAAUGACGGGGCGAUAGAAUAGCUGGUCGUCAUGUGAAGGCGAUGGUCACCCUCCUGGAGGGGAGUCGUGAGCCCGAUCGCAAACUCAAGAGGGUCGGCAUUGGGAGCCGACAAACAAUGAUCAUAAUGUCGCUGAGCAGUCGGUCCUGAUAAUGGAGACGGCAAUAGUGUCCAGGUCAGGCUGACAUAUCCGAGCAACGGCUCUCAUCCACGCAGCGCGGGGGUGAAACCGGUCUUCAAAAGAUAAAUAUGUCGUGCCGAGAGGCCGAUCAUAACAUGAUAGUGUCGGCAGUGAGAGGCCGACCUGAAAGAAUCAAACAACGGUCCUCAUCCGCGAGGUGGCGGGGACGAGGCCGGUCUUCAAAAGAUAAGCACGCCGAGCCGAGAGGCCGGUCGUGGUAUAAUAAUGUCGGCAAUGAGCGGCCGAUCUGAGAAAAUCAAGCAACAGUCCUCGUCCGCGAGGGCGGGGACGAGGCCGGUCUUCAAAUAUGAUAAUCACGCCGAGCCGGGAGGCCGAUCGUGAUAUAAUGAUGUCGGCAAUGAGAUGCCGAUCAAGAUAUGGUCAAGCAACGGUCCUCGUCCGCGAGGUGGCGGGGACGAGGCCGGUCUUCGAAUAUGAUAAUCACGCCGGUCCGAGAUGCCGGUCGUGAUGUAAUGAUGUCGGCGAUGAGAGGCCGACCUGAAAGAAAUCCAGCAACGGUCUUCGUCCGCGCAGCGCGGGGACGAGGCCGGUCUUCAGAUAUGGAAAGCACGCCGAGCCGGGAGGCCGAUCGUGAUAUAAUGGUGUCGGCAAUGAGCGGCCGAUCUGAGAAAAUCAAGCAACGGCCCUCGUCCGCGAGGGCGGGGACGAGGCUGGUCUUCAAAUAUGAUAAUCACACCGUGCCGAGGGGCCGGUCGUGAUAUGAUGAUGUCAGACGGCCCUCGGCCUCUGAAUGACGGGUGAUCGUCUCACGGUUCUCUGUCAUGGCAUUCGCCUCUAGACCCUCGGCCUCUAGGUGUUCUUCCUAGGCCAUCGGUCUCUGGGGUGGAGAUGCUCGUCCCACGGUUCUCAACCGUGGUGGUCUCCUCUAGGCCCUCGACCUCUGGGUGGAGAUGCUCGUCCAUCGGCUCUCAGCCGUGAUGGUCUCCACUUUAGCUGGCCCUGAACGUCUUCAAGAUUCGGGCCGAGCGUCUUUUAAUCAUUUCGCUCGAGCGCGUCGAGUGGCUUCAGCUGCGCAAUAAGCAUGAUAACGGGCCGCACUGCCCGACAAUAUGUAUACACACAUAACCAUCUGUAUGGCUUUCUUUCUAACACCCACGAUUACCGGCCUAUGGGUUACCGUGACCCUCGGCCCGGCUCAUCGUGCGGGGUUAAUGGACGUAGUAGCUCGCGGCGGGGCCAAUUAGCAGCCCGCCGAACGUCACAUAGAGAUAUUCAUCGGUCCGUGAGUUUUCAAACUCAGACCCAAGUUGGUCGCACUGCCCUCGGAAAAACGAGGUUGAGUGCUUUGCUGCCCUCGGGCCCCAUAGGCCACGUUUGGCAAUAGUCACUUCGCGCCUAGCGGCGCGGAUGGUUCUGGGGUACGGUCGUCGAUCGGGCACGUAGUGCCGUGCGGACUAACGUGCAACCCUCAAAUUAAAAUGCGUCGUCGGGGCAUCGCCCUACUGGAGACGCUCGGAUCGCUUAAUCAAGCUGAUCGAGAGUGGGCUAACGGGCCCACAAGAAAUUAAAUAUUCAAUAAAAUGUUGGCUGAACCAACCAUCACUAGAGCUUCGCUCCACAUUAUUUAAUUCGGGACAUUUUAUCCCUAUUCCCUAAUAAAUAAUAGUGAUGUGACAGGUAAUAGCACGGAGGCUAACCACUCAGAUAUGCUUCGUUCGCUAAUUAAAGCCGAUCGGGGUGGGCCUACGAGCCCACAACAAUAAGUCAUUAAAUUAAAUGACGGUGAAGCUAAUUAUCACUAGAGCUUUACUCAUUCGAGUUUUGCCCGACAUUAUUUAAUUCCGGGAUAUCUUAAUCCCCUAUUAAAUAAUGGUGAUGUAACAAAUUAAGUAAUAAUAAUAUUUUUUACUAUUAUCUCACUUAGAUAUACCAAUGUAAAAGUAUAAGUACUUAGCUUUUGAAUAUGGAGACGUUCGGCCGGUUGGGGAACUUGGGAGUUUGCUUUGAUUCCUCUCUGCAAUUUUGACUUGGUCAAAAUUCCAAACAUCCUUGCCCAUCACCGGUCUUCAAUUACUCAGCGGCUCUUAAGUGUACGUACGUCCAAGCUAAGCCAAGAGGGCUUCGGCUUAUUGAACUUCCCCAAUCUUGACUUGGUCAAAACUCUUCAAGGAAAUCAGGCCUUUUACUUGGCCCAAAUAUCGCGGACGUGGUCCGCCGUCCGCCUAGGACCAUGGCAGCUGAAAUACGAAGUAUACCUUUUUAGAAAAAGCAGUGGACGCCUUCUGAAAUCACUGGGCCCAAGACGAACGUCUUAAGGAUGCCAUCAUCCGAAGGCGAGCGUGGUGACCUGCAACUCGCAGCAUCAGGAGACGAGCAGUGACCAGCCAUAGGCCGGGCGGCGCGGUGUAAUCCGUCCAGCGUUUUCAUGUGGCACCUGCUCGGCCGAUUGGGAGGUUCGGCCUCAUUGUCCAGAGCUUUCCUCUCACAGAGAAUAUCUUCCAUCCGGGGAGAGGGCUUGGUAGAGAAACUGGCAUCCUCCCUCUUGCAGAAAGACGUCGAGCGGCAGAGUAAGACGGCGGUUAGCGGUCCUUUGCGGGCAUCCCAAUUGAAUCGGGUCCAGGGAGAGAGUGGCAACAACGAGAGCUGGGCGUAUGGUAGUUCCCCUGGGGCGGAGCUGAACCAAGGAUGUGUGUCGCUGUCAUUUGAGUGGUCGUGGGGUGCUUGAGGCUGCUCGGCUAGCUACUGGGGUGAUGGUGUUCACCUGAUCUAAUCCGGAGCGGGCCAAGCAAGGCACCAGAUUCCUGUGCGGCAGAGCAGCCCCGGGUUCCGGGCGUCUCGCUGUUUUAGGUGCCGGCCCGCCGGGCGGCUUAGGAUGCUGAUGCGUGCCGGGCGAUCAGAUUUGCUUGUGUUCUCGACGUCACGAACAUAGCCAUCAUUCCUCAUGCCGGAAGCUAAACAUUGACCAGGGUAGCAUUUCUGCAGUCUGCACUUGGUGGGUAGGCGGCCAUAUAGUUCCAAAUUGUGUGGUUGCCGCACAUAGGCAGAUCGUCCGACUUGGGAAAAACCCAUGCAACCCUUGGGUCCGGAUCUGCAUGGGAGAAAACGGCAACGGCGAGCCGCUGCCCAGGUUGAUGCUCCAUAUCCUGCCUCAACCAGGAGCAUUUAACAGGUGUAAUGGUACGCGCUUGGUUGAAGAAAAACGGGUGCAGGUCGGCCCCUUGGAAGCCCGCUCGUCCUCCAACAAUUGAUGAAGGUUUUUAGCCUUUGAAGAUGCUUGCGUGGAGCCCACCUGUCCCUUUUCUGCCAGCUUUACAUUCCUAGCUGACCAUUUUAAUUCCUUGAUGUGAAGACCCCUGCUGAGGAACUGAGCUUGCAAGGUAGCAGUCAUCUCAACGGCAACAACACUUGCUGGCCUGGGUAGCUCUUCCGUCCCCUUUUAAUUUCUGGUGCAGCAAGCUUCGUCCGGUGAAGAUGAACUCACCGAAGGUUCCACAGGACGGUGAAGGCGGCUCCGGCGACCCCAAUCCAGAUCUGGUGAAGUCCAGAUUUGACUUCCCAGACUUCAUAGCUUCUCCUAUUUCCCGAAAUCAUUUUUUUUAUUAAAUUUUUCUUCUUUUUUGCUAGAAUCAGUCCACUUGGUAUCAAUCUUUGCACAAAAAACUGAAGAACACAUGAAUCUUUUUGGACAGAUUCCCACAGACGGCGCCAGUGUUGAGUUUAUUCCAACACGAUAUAGUAAAUAUAUGUAUGAACACUCAGUUUUUACGUGGAAACCCGAAAGGGAGAAAACCACGAGACUUUUUAGGCUAAUGUCCAAG